AAAGUCCCCUGUCCCCACAGGAAGUGCGCUGACCAUUGGAGGAAUAAAAGAGGCACCUGCGGAGCCCCAUCCUCACUCUCCCAGCACAGCUCAGCAGGACCUCAGCCAUGAGACGUCUGCUCCUGGUCCUCCUCUGCAUCUGCUGUCUCACCACAUCCAUUGUGGAAGGUGUGGGGAGUGAAGUUCCAGAUAAGAGUAUCUGUGUCAGUCUGACUACCCAGCCACUGCCAGUGAACAGGAUCAGGACCUACACCAUCAAGGAGGGCCCCAUGAAAGCAGUAAUUUUUAUUACCAAACGUGGCCUAAAAGUCUGUGCUGAUCCACAAGCCAAGUGGGUGAAAACAGCAAUCAAAAGUAUAAGUAACAAGCCCAGCACCAGAAGGAGCACCACCCAGACCCAGCCUACAGGAACCCAACAGUCCACCAGGAGAGCUGUGACCCUGACUGCAUAGUGGCCCCUCACACCUUGUCCCCUCCCAGCCAACCAGCUCAUUUCACUUUAGAAGCUUAUGGACUUAGGCUAUGUUCACUGUCUAUGAAAAUGCUGCAUGAAUAAAAUUAUUUUCUUAUAUUUUUAUAUUUUAAGAUUUUUCAUAUUCAUUCUUAGAA